GCAUAUUCCUCUUUACACCCUUUGAUUGUGACUUUUGAGCUUGGACUCGCCGUCGACCAUUCGAUGGAUGAACCGUCCUCGAUCGAUUGAAGAUCUCUUUUGUUACAAAAUCGUCACUCUUCCUCGCUUCAGGACGAUAGCAUAUGCUUGUCAUUGUAAUCGCUGCUAGUACAUCUACUGGAUAUCAGAGUCAACGUCAUCAAUACAGCGUUCGCCAUGUCAUCCCCGUUAGACCGUGACGAAAACCCAUCAUCCUCGGCCUCGUCAUCGUCAACAUCGCCUCCACCCACAUCAUCGGCCACGCCCAUCUCAGCCCUCUUCCCGCCCAUCAUCGCCAACAACAACUCCUCUACCCACCUCGUCGAUGACAACGAAUCCAACCCCGUCAUACGGCCUUAUACGACGCAGAGAUGUUUCACGUUCUGUUCGCAAUCUUCCUUGAGGAGGGAUACGGGGUGGGACCCGGUCUGCAGGGCGGUGUGUUGGAAGGUCGAUAGGAGCGACGACGCGAGCAAGCAGAGAACGCCGGGUUACCUUGAUCGACAACGAGCAGAGCGGGCCGGGGUGGCUUCCUCGUCGUCUUCGGCGAUCUCUUCUGGAGAACCGUCAACACUAGCAUCGACGUCGAUCAUGGCCGAAUUCGCCCAGUCCGUCUCACACUGGAUAGGACAACGCUCCAUCACCGCCUUCAAGGGCACGCUGGACGAGAUGGUAGAGAUGCAAAAAGAAGGACAACGUUACGAUCCCGCCUGGGACCAAGAAGGAAGCUUGAAGGCUAGGUACUUUGAUUCGAUAGGACGGACGCCGAGUUAUUAUUAUGAUCAGGAUAGCGGGAGGGGGAAAGCGCAGAGGCGGUGGGAGGAGAUGUCGGAUCUGGAGUAUGAUCUUAGAGAAGGGUAUGCGAGGGAGUAUGCUGCGGAAGUUGCUGCUGCUCAGCAGGCACAGCUGGACCAAUCUACGAAUACCAAUUCCAACCCCAAUGCCGACCUCGAUCAUUAUUACGAAACCGCCCCCGCCCCGGUAAGGCCGACAACGCUAGCCGAGCGACAAUUCAUGAGACUCGUCAAAGAAGAACAAGCACACUUGGAACGACACCAGAGGCAACGCCAACAAGCCCGAUCUCCCUCGGAAAGAGACAGGGACGUCACCAAAUUCGAUUAUCACUCUGAACCGCUCCCUUCGGGUGGGACGCAUAUCACCCUCCCCCUCUCCACAGUGGUCAUCGCGCCAUGGUACGCCCUCGCGAGGCGGACAGAGUUCAUAUUCUCCCCCGUCUACCGGCUGGGGAAGAUGUACACGGACUCGUUCCGCUCGACCGAGACUGGCCAUUUCACCCUGGAUAGGUUGUUGACCUCGGACACUGCCCAGGGAAGAGGGUUGAGCAAGAUGUACGACCAGGUCGUCAGUGGGAAGGUUUGGACGUUUGGAGGCAAGGUGGCUGAGAAGUGUGGGGAUGUUUGGGGAGGGUGGUUGGGUCUCGGGCAGGGAGAGGGGGAGGGGAGGGGGAAGGAGGAUGGGGGGACGGGGUCUUCUUCUUCCGGGGGAGGGGCGGGUGGGGGCCGGAAGGCCGACUAGGCAUCAGGGAAGAGAUGAGGAGGCUGCAUCUCGUCUUAUCCAUUUACUACCAGCAAUGAACCAGACCAUGCAGGUACUUUGUAAUGUUCCACACGUCAUACCUCACACAAAUACUAGCAUCUCAACUCGCGCCGCGCUACAGUAUACUAUACUAGUCCUAGUAUAUCCGGCAAACCCCACUACUCUCAGCCGUCCCUCCCGUCCUCCACCAAAUAGGGUUAUACCUCCCCACCGUAUACGGGUCGAUCACUUGGGCGUACCAGGGGCUAUCGAGCAGCCCGGAAGCUUUGCAAGCAAAGUUCUCGAGAUACUUUUCGUCGGCACGACCUUCGGAAGAGCGGGUUGCGUUUAGCCUGCGAUUGGAGAGUGUUGAAGAUCGGGCGUUAGGGAAAGAGGUUCGUUUCAAAAAAGAAAGAGGAGGGGAACGAACCCUCUUUGAUCAGCGUCACAUGAGACCCUGAAGACCUCUGCUCGGGAAUACCCGUCC